AUGGCGGCAACACGUCGCGGUUAUAUUUUUGGUGCGUUCGUGUCCAGUGUGCUUUGUGUUAUUUUGAUAAUCGUCGCUAUUUCUAGUGAUAGUUGGGUAGAGUGCGCGACGUACAAUCAAAAUGACAUUGACAGCAAGACCAGUGACACCCGAUAUGGUUUAUUUGGCGGACAGUUUAGCCUAUACUUGCUUAACACACCGUCGUACAGCACAUUGCAUAUGACAUGUAUACCUGAAAUAAACGUGUGUGCAGUCAGUUGCAAAACAGAGGCACUAGCAAGAGAGCAAGAGGUUCGAGCGUUAGCUGAAGGCUAUCGACCUAAUAUAGGAUGUGUUUCAGUUACAACUGUAAACACAAACGAUCCUUUAUCAGAGCCCCCAGUUAUAUCAUUUGGCGUAUACCUAGCUUUAGUCAUCAUAAUAUUCAUACAGUUGCUAGCUGCAGUAGCGACUGCUAUUCUAGCUAUAAUAAACGCUAUGACCAAUCCUACGGAACCCAUAUUUGGGUUACCCGGUUGUUUGUGGUCGAAUGUAGUGACAGCUGUACUAGGCAUAGUCGUUAUGCUAUUAUUUGGCGUAUACUGGGAGACGUCUGGUUUGAAGGAGCAUUUAGCCUUCUCAUUUAUAGCUUUAGGUGAUGACAAACAGAGCUCCUCUUUGGGAUUUUCUUAUUGGUUACUCAUAGUGUCAAUACUAUGCUCGGUCGCAAACGUCGCACUGAUUGAACUAAGGCGAUAUUUAUUAGAAAGAGACCCUCCACCACCCACUAUAAAAGUAGAGAAUCAUUCUGAUGGCACUAUUUUCCUUUAU